AUGGACGAUCGCGAUUACUACGGAAAUAAACGAUUGGAAUUAGCCGGACAAUUGAUCGCUAUUCUCUUCGAAGAUCUUUUCAAAAGAUUUAACACCGAAUUACAAAAAAUUGCGAAUAAAACCAUUCCACGCCAACGUGCACAACAAUUCGAUGUCGCUAAACAUAUCCGUCCAGAUAUAAUUACCAACGGUCUCGUCAUUGCGAUCUCCACCGGAAAUUGGACGAUAAAGCGUUUUAAAAUGGAACGACACGGUGUUACACAUGUUCUUUCUCGUCUUUCAUACGUUGCAGGUGUAGGUAUGAUGACAAUGAUUACCAGUCAGUUUGAAAAAACUCGUAAAGUGUCCGGUCCUCGUUCACUUCAACCAUCUCAAUGGGGUAUGCUGUGUCCGUCCGAUACGCCUGAAGGUGAAGGUUGUGGUCUAGUGAAAAAUCUUGCUCUUAUGACACACAUCACAACCGACAUUGAAGAAGAACCAUUGAUACGUUUAGCUCAUAAUCUCGGCAUCGAAGAUAUCACAAUGAUGAAUGGCGAAGAGAUCUAUGCGAAAAAUAUGUUCAUUGUUAUGUUAAACGGAAACAUUAUCGGUGCAACGAAUAGGCCGAAGAAAUUGAUUUAUUCCAUACGAUUUCUCCGACGAAAAGGAUAUCUCAAUGAAUUUAUAUCUGUUUAUACAUUGAAUAAACAACGAAAAAUGGAGAACCAAAAGACAUUUGUGGAUUUUCUUCGGCAAGGUCUCGUGGAAUAUCUUGAUGUGAAUGAAGAAGGCGAUUCAAAUAUUGCUGUUUAUGAAAAAGAUAUCGAUGGGAAAACAACACAUUUGGAAAUCGAACCAUUUACUCUAUUAGGAGCAUGUGCAGGUCUCAUUCCAUACCCACAUCAUAAUCAGUCGCCACGUAACACAUAUCAAUGUGCUAUGGGUAAACAAGCAAUGGGUGCUAUUGGUUACAAUCAAUCUCAACGUUGUGAUACAUUGUUAUAUUUACUUGUUUAUCCACAACGUCAAAUGGUGAAGACGCGAACGAUCGAAUUGAUCAAUUUAGAAAAAUUACCAGCUGGUCAGAAUGCUAUCGUUGCUGUGAUGAGUUAUUCUGGUUAUGAUAUUGAAGAUGCUCUAAUCUUGAAUAAAUCUUCGUUGGAUCGUGGUUUUGGACGAUGUAUCGUUUAUAAAAAACAAGUCGUCGCCAUGAAGCGAUAUCCUAAUCAAACGUGUGAUCGAAUUCGAGGUCCAUUGAUCAACAUCGAUACGAAAAAACCCAAAUGGGAACACGAAGUACUCGAUGUCGACGGUAUUGUUGGUGUUGGCGAAAUAGUUGAUAACAAACAAGUGCUUGUAAAUAAAUAUACGCCUAGUUCGACGACGAUGACUUUAGCUGAACAGCAAAGCAGUGGAUUAACCACAGCAAACAAUGUUUUUGCUGAGCCCGAAGAAAAGGAAACGCCAUUAAUCUACCGUAAUCCAGUCCCAGCGUGUAUUGAAAAAGUGAUGUUAACAAGUAAUCACGAGGAUAUGUUUAUCGUGAAAUUAUUAACACGACAAACCCGUCGUCCAGAAAUUGGCGAUAAGUUUAGUUCGCGUCACGGACAAAAAGGUGUUUGCGGGUUAAUUGUUCAACAAGAAGAUAUGCCAUUCAAUGAUUUGGGUAUGUGUCCGGAUAUUAUUAUGAAUCCACAUGGUUAUCCAAGUCGAAUGACAAUUGGAAAACUGAUCGAAUUGUUAGGGGGAAAAGCUGGAGUCCUCGAAGGAAAGUUCCAUUAUGGUACCGCAUUCGGUGGCGAUAAGAUUGUCGAUUUAUCCAAAGUCCUAAUUGAUAAAGGCUUUAAUUAUCUGGGAAAAGAUAUCCUAACAUCUGGUUUGACCGGUGAACCGUUACAAUCCUAUAUCUUUUUUGGGCCUAUCUUCUAUCAGAAAUUGAAACAUAUGGUUCAAGAUAAAAUGCAUGCAAGAGCGCGUGGUCCUCGAUCAGUUUUAACUCGACAACCAACCGAAGGUCGAUCACGUGAUGGUGGUCUUCGACUUGGGGAGAUGGAGCGUGAUUGUCUGAUUGGCUACGGUGCAAGUAUGUUAAUUCUUGAACGUUUGAUGAUUUCAAGUGAUCAAUUCCAAGUGGAUGUGUGUAACCAGUGUGGUUUAUUUGGUUAUAACGGCUGGUGUCAGUAUUGCAAAUCAUCAUCAGAUGUUGCCACGAUAAAAAUUCCCUAUGCGUGCAAGUUACUUUUUCAAGAAUUGCAAUCUAUGAAUAUUGUCCCGAGAAUUUCACUAAAAACACAAAUUUGA